AUGUCCCACUCCGCCGCUGAACUGCAAAAGCCCACGGGCGAGUACCGCCAAUACUUGCCCGACCUGAGUUUGAAGCGCUUCCAGGUGAUGCGCAAUCAGGAUGCCCAUGAAUACGCCCAUGAUUUCAAGACACUGAAGAACCCUCCGUGGCUGCAUGCGCUGUACAUGCACUGGGUUGAUCUGCUGCAGGAACCCUUCAAGGGUGUGACCACUGAUGGAAACGUUCGCCCUGGCUUGUUCACGCUCCAAGAUGAAGGUGUGCCUGUUGGCGACAUCGUUGAUUCCGUCCAGAAUGUCCUAUCCCUUGCCGACGACAAGCAGCGCCAGGCGCUGUCCUACCACAUUGACUCCCCCGAAUGGCGGACCUGGUCCAACCCCGAAUUUCUUCUAGCUCACAAGGGUCUGCGCCUCGACGAGAUUGACAACAAGCUGCGCGAUGCCAUCAUGAAUGUCCUGAAGACCUCCCUGUCGCCUGAGGGCUACGACAAGGCAGUCAAGGCGAUGCGCAUCAACCACUUCCUCGGCGAACUCGUGGAAUCUCCCAAGGUGAUGAACGAGUUCUCCUACAACUUUGUCCUUUUCGGUCGUCCCUCGACCACUCGGCCAUGGGGCUGGUCCUUUUAUGGCCACCACCUUUGCCUCAACAUUUUCCUGUACAAGAACCAGAUUGUCGCCUCCCCGUGGUUCACCGGCGCCGAGCCCAAUGAGAUUGACGAUGGCCCGUACUCGGGUACCCGUAUCAUGCAGGUCGAAGAAGAGCUUGGCCUCCGCCUGAUGCAAUCCUUGACCCCUGACCUUCAGCAAAAGGCCCGCGUAUUCGCAGAGAUGCACGAUCCCGCCAUGCCCCCGGGCCGCUGGAACCGCGAUGACCAGCGCCACCUGUGCGGAGCUUACCGGGACAACCGUGUCGUCCCUAACGAGGGUAUCACCGUCGACGGAUUCACGGAGGAACAGAAGAAAUACAUGUACGGCAUCUUCGAGCAAUACCUGUUGUACCUCCCUGCUCGGGCCCGUCAGAUGAAGCUGGACCAGAUUCGCCAAUAUGAGUCGGAGACUUACUUCUGCUGGAUUGGUGGCUAUGGCGACAGCGACCCCUUCUACUACCGCCUCCAGAGCCCCGUGGUUCUGAUCGAAUUCGACCACCACUCCGGUGUCUUCCUCAACAACGAGGAGCCGAAGAAGUUCCACAUCCACACUUUGUUGCGUACGCCGAAUGCCGGAGAUUACGGUCAGGCUCUGCGUGCCCAGAUCCCCGCCGUGGAGGGACUUAAUGGGAAGGAGAUCGUGUGGGAGAAGUCCGCUCUGUGA